GGCCUUGACUUGGCUUUCAAGUAUAUUCUACGGAUUUAAUAUGGAGAAACCAGUAGUAUUUCCAUUUCUCAUAAACAGAAAACAAGACAAGAUGAUAACCCGCACAAGCCCAGACCAUUCGAGCACAACUUUGGGCGAUUGGUCAAUUGAUGAUGAAGCCGGGGAGUGGUCAGAUGACUCGACUCUCGCGGUGAACUUGCCUCGCACACAACAACUGAUCUUGGAGUUUAAACAGUUCAAGGCGGCGCAACUUAUUCAGCGACAUGUCCGCGGCUGGUUAGUGCGUUUUCGCAAUCGGAAAUUUGAGCGCGCUGCGAUUAUCAUUCAGAAAUGGUGGCGCCGCUUCAUGGCAGAAGGCAUUCUGGUUAUGCUGGCCGAAGCCAAAUUGCAGCGAGUCGUGAAUGCGUAUCACAAUAGGUGUGCCUCCAUUAUUCAGUCAAGUUUCCGCGGCUGGUGGUCUCGGAAGCAUGUCAACGAUCUGACCAAGCUCAGGUCUCUGCAGAGCUCCCUGGCAGAGUAUCUCAUCAGUGUCCUGGGUGUUCACUUGCAUGAGGUGAAGCACAAGGGUCAGGUACCAGGACUUUAUUGGAAUAAUUUUCCCACGAAGUGCAGCGCAACGAUUGACAAGCUAAUGGCCACAUUAGACUAUCGCAUUUACAAUGCCUUCUCCUGCUACAGAAUGCAGAAGAAAAUGGCCGAAGUCCAUGCUUUGCGAACUGCCUUCGAGAAGUCCGAAGUGUAUACAUUCGUACCCUUUCAUGGAUUUGACGAUCGAGGAUUAUGCGAAGGACGCAAAUCCGUGCAAGUGGUUGAAAACGGCGACAAUGCCAAUUUGGUUCGUGCAUUUGUGUGCCAAAAGCACGACAUGGACAUGAAGGUACAGUUUAGACGCAAAUUUGACGAUGAAUAUGGGGAAAAGUCAAUUAAACAGGCGUUAGAUAUCACAACCACCUUCCUCAAGCGCAUCGCCCACGACAUGAAGAAGUGGCAUGAUGCGGACGGGAAUAUGGUCCUGCCAAAGACGAUAUUCAAAAUGAAGGACAUUAAGGCCCUUCUGGAUGAGGUCAAGGAGAACCUAGAGGAAAUUUACGGCCCGCUGGAGCCGUGCAAUUGUGGAGCCCAAUAUGCCGAUAUGUAAAUUUAUUUACAUCUCUGUAUAUUUUGUACGGUAUAAUUUACAAAAUUUGUAUACUUUUUCGGGUACUUUACUAUGUACUAGGAUGAUAUCCUUUUCCUUUUUUUUUGUGUGUAUUGUAAAAAACCUGCUGCAGAUGUUAGAGAUUUCUAAUGCAGCAGAAAGAAAUAAAAUCAAGACCUUUGUCGGCAUCG